UCUAGUAAAGCGGCAAAAAGAUUGGCGGCCAAAACGUUGCUUUCGGGCCUUGUCCUGUCACCCGGCUGCGUUAUAGAGGACGGAACAGGAAUCAAGAUAGAGACAUGGUCCCGCGACAAACCUUCGCUCUGUUCGCCAAAUCCACCCGUGUGUCUAUCGGAGCAUCAGAUCAAUCGAGCAACUCAGAGACGACCGACCCCAGUCAUGAGCUUGUCGGCUCUUUCGAAAAGCUUUCGUUAGGCAAGAAGAUCACCCCUAAACCCAUCGAUCCCAUACCCGGGCUGGAGAAGGCGUAUCAGGGCCUGAUGGAUGUGAUCAUGUACCCGCUCUUGUACCCUGCCAUGAUUGAGAAGCUUCAUGUCGAGCCGCCGAAAGGCGUGCUAUUAUACGGGCCACCAGGAGUUGGAAAAACGUUUCUCGUUAGCAAUAUUGCGCGAGCUUGUGGAGCAAAUUUGGUAAUCAUCCACGGCCCAGAGAUUUUCGGCGCCUACCUCGGCGAAAGCGAAGAACGUCUCCGCUCCCGGUUCAAAGAAGCCCAGGACCUCGCCUCGCCCAUUACGCCAUGCAUUCUCUUCAUCGACGAGAUCGACGCCCUGACUCCCCGCCGUGAAUCCACGCGUUCACAGGAAAAUCGGGUGGUCGCUCAGCUUCUCACCUUGAUGGAUGGAAUGUCGUCGAGGGGUUCGCUGAUUGUGAUUGGGGCUACGAACCUGCCGAACUCGAUUGACCCGGCGCUGAGACGGCCGGGGAGGUUUGACAGGGAGGUGGCAAUUGAUGUGCCGUCGGAGGAAGCGCGGUUCACGAUCCUGACCAACUUGACGCGGGAUAUGCCGUUGGAUGCCGACGUCGAUUUCCGUAAACUCGCGGCUGCGACGAAUGGAUACGUUGGUGCCGAUCUUUCGGCCCUGUGCCGCGAAGCAGCGAUGGAAGCGGUCCGCCAGUCGUCUGCAUCUCACCUCACCGCGGUCCCUUACAGUGCCUUCGUCAAAGCGUUGGCACUCAUGGGCGGACCCUCAACCCAGCGCGGCACUUCCGUCUCGUUGGAGAAGUUGACCUGGGACGACGUGGGCGGCCUAGAACCCGUGAAGCAAAAACUCCGCCAAUCCGUCGAAUGGCCCCUCAUGUACCGCGACACCUUCCGCAAACUCGGUCUGAAACCCCCCAAAGGCGUGCUCCUCUACGGUCCGCCCGGCUGCAGCAAAACAACCCUCGUCAAAAUCAUCGCAGCAACCUCCGGCGCCACUUUCCUCUCCCUAAACGGCGCCGCGCUCUACUCCCCAUACGUCGGCGACUCAGAACAGGAGAUCCGCACCAUCUUCCACCGCGCACGCGCAGGGGCACCCUCCGUCGUCUUCUUUGACGAGAUCGACGCCAUCGUCGGGAAACGGUCCCUGUCCUCCUCCUCAUCAAACACCAAAUCAGACUCGGUGCAGGACCGCGUCCUCUCCGCCCUCCUCAACGAAAUGGACGGCGUCGAGGCCGCUAAAGACGUCCUUGUGGUCGGCGCGACCAACCGACCGGACAUGAUUGAUGCGGCGUUGAUGAGGCCGGGGAGGUUCGAUCGGGUGGUGUACGUGCCGCCGCCGGAUAGAGAGGCGCGGGGGAAGAUUCUGAGGUUGUAUACGAAGGGGAUGCAGGUGGCUGCGGAUGUGGAUUUGGACGGAAUGGCGGAGAGGACGGAGAGGUAUACUGGGGCGGAUUUGAAGGCGGUAUGCAGGGAGGCGGCUAUGGAGGCGUUGAGGGCGCAUGGGACGGCGACGAGUGUCGUGGAGCAGGAACAUUUUGACGCAGCGCUGGUUGUCGUCAAACCGACGUUGUCGGGUGACAUGCUGGAUCAGUAUACGGACUUCGCCAAGACUUUCGGGGCAGGGACUUAGAUAGCGAUCACGCUUUCUAGUGAAGAACUGAGUAUAUGUGUAUCGGCGUGUUAUGAUAGCGCAUUGUAGAUAUGAUGACCCUUUACAGCC